CGGGCGGGCAGCGGCCCCGGCCCGCGUCUGCGCCCCUCGCGCCCCUCGCUCGCCCGCGGCCCCGGCCCGCCCCGCGCACAGCCAUGGUGGGCCGCCUGAGCCUGCAGGAUGUGCCCGAGCUCGUGGACACGAAGAAGAAGGGCGACGGCGUCCUGGACAGUCCGGACUCGGGGCUGCCCCCCAGCCCCAGCCCCAGCCACUGGGGGCUCGCGGCGGCCGCGGGCGGCGCAGGCGGCGGGGAGCGCGCGCCGGCCCCCGGGGCGCUGGAGCCCGACGCGGCGGCGACCCCCGCGGCUCCGAAUCCAGCGUCUCUCCCCAACCCCCCGGCCUCCGCCUGCUCGCUGAGGUUAUGCCCCCUGUCCUUUGGCGAAGGAGUGGAGUUUGACCCCUUACCGCCGACGGAAGUGAGGUACACUUCCUCGGUCAAGUAUGACUCGGAGCGGCACUUCAUUGACGACGUCCACCUGCCCCUGGGCCUGGCAGUGGCCUCCUGCAGCCAGACGGUCACCUGCAUCCCCAAUUGCACAUGGCGCAACUAUAAGGCUGAGGUGCGCUUCGAGCCCCGCCACAAGCCCGCCCGCUUCCUCAGCACUACCAUCGUCUACCCCAAGUACCCCAAGACCGUCUACACCACCACCCUGGAUUACAACUGCCGCAAGAUGCUGAGGAGGUUUCUGUCCAGCGUGGAGCUCGAAGCCACGGAGUUCGUGGGCGGCGAUUACCUCUCGGAUGAGUGCUGACUCGAGCGGGCGGGUGGGGUUGGACCAGCUCCGCCGCCGCCCUGGUCCGGUGGGGCCACUGCUGCCCUCGCGUGUGAUGCUGGCCCCCGAGGAGUCUAACCUAGAGAUACCUCUCAGCCCAGCCUGGGGAAGAAAAUAAUAUCCUGGCGUCUUAUAAUUAUUGAGAGAAUUUGAUUUUUAAAAAAUUUUUCAAAUUGUUUUUAAAAGGAGUAGAUUUCUAGUUGGCUGCUACGUAGUUUCCCCAAAGUCUCAAUUUGAUGAGAAAAUAAAAAGUCGACUAGAGAGAAAGGAAAAUGGCCACCAUUUGAAAUGGGGGGGAGAGGAGGCUCUUCUUCCAUUGGUCAGUUUCUCCGAGGAAGAGUGCGCUGAAAAUCUCUGGGAUGGAAAAAGUGAGUUUUAAGAAAUUUCAGUCCUGGGUGUCUUCACAGCACCAAAGUGGUGCUGAUUCCGUAAGCUGUGACACCCAUAUGGGUUCAGUCUGUGCAGAGUUGAGUUCCAUUCCAUUUUUUUUAUUUCCGUUCCCAUUUGUAUUUCCUGUUAACCAAAACUCUUGGAAUUCUCUAAAUCUUUUUCAUGAUAUCGAGAAACCCCAAACUGCAAUAUAAGAUGCCUUAAAAAAACAAAAGAAAAGAAAAAGUUCACCCUGUUCUCACUUCUUCAGGAGGGUCAGGUCUACUGAUGGCUGGGUCUGGGAGCAAUAGCUCCCGUUCUGGUUCCUUCUACCGGUUGGUUCCCAACGUGGGCUCUGGCAAAGCGCCUCGCACCCUUGGCAUCUAGUAACGUCUCCACAGGCUUGUGUAACUCUCCUGAUAUGUAUUUUGGGGUUUCCAAAUACUUUCCUGUUUUUUCAUAAGGCAAAACAUGGCAGAAGGCCCCUUUGAGAGAAAUGGUAUUUUAAAAAAUGCUUAGGAAAAACAUUUUUUGGGACUCGGUGAGGGGGGUUUCACUCACAAUGGGAACCUAUGGCCAUACCUAGGACUUGACACCAUCUGGGAAGAGGGGGAUGUCGAUGUUUCUGGUGAUCUGGUUCAUCAGGUUGGUCUUCUCCAGGGGCCCUGGGUCAGCUGCUCUGAGGACCUCGAUUUUGUCAACACUGCACAGGAAUUCUGCCGGUGCCUUAGGUCUAAGCCAGAGAGCGAGGAAAUCUGCCCCCUCAGGUGAAGCAAAGGUGAAUUCAGAACAGGGAAUGAUGUCACAGGCCAAACUCCCAAACCCGGCUGCUGUCGUGAUGGUACCUAUUUCUUUUAAGCGUUCCUUUUAGGGUAAGUGACAAUCAUGGUGUUGAGUGUGAGCUGAAGAAACUUGGUGAAUUCAGCCGAAUGGGCCACAGAAAUAGGGACGAGGCUGGGCCAGGAGGGCACGGUGGCCAGGCCGCCCCUGGACUUCAGCCCCCUGCCUGCCCUGCCUCACCCCAGCCCUCACUUCUUCCUGUCAAUCCCUGUGGGUUUUGAGUGAAGAAAGUGGCAGAUGGCUUUUUCUCUUCCGGUAUUGAACAGGCUGUGGGUAUUUCCUUUGAAUACAUCCAGAUUAUCUCAAGUGCUCGAGGGUUACAGCGUAUUGUAAGCUCGACUCCUGCUGCAUCUCUGGGUUUCUGUUGAUGGCUUCCGCCUGUCCUGAAAGCCGAAGCGAUGGCUCUGUGGGCACCCUGGAGCCACAGCAGGGACUUUUGUUCGGAGGAGAGCAGGUGUGAUGAUAAUCACUCUCAUUUAAAGUCAUUGGAGGCCUGGAGAGCCAAACUGUCUGGUAUCCUCUUCAGGUUUAAUAGUGUUUAGUCUGUCGAGCGCCUAACUGAUGGGACGCAUCCCCUCAGUGGAGCGGGCAGUCGGCUCCGUGGGCCCAAGUUGACCAGAGUGAAGCUCAGCGGGGACCCCUCGAGGGGGCACUCUGGGACCCCAUAGUCUCCUCACUCAUGGUGCAGAGCAACAAAUGCUUCCUGCUUUUGGAAGAGCAAAUUACACGGCAUUUACUGAUAAAAAUGGAUUUUUCUCUCUGAUUUCAUAAUCUUGUCAUUUAGGACAAGUGGUAAAUGUAAUUUUUAAAUUAGGUUGAGGGAAUUCCCGAGGUUCUGCUCUGGCCUGUGGGGACACUAGAAUGAGCUCAGAACAAUAUUUUGGGCAGUAUGGCAGGAGAGAGAGGUGGGAGGGCUCGGCCUGGGAAUACAGCAAUGUUUUGAGACGUCCACGUGAGAUUUUUUGUUUUAGGAGAAUUGGGUUAAGUUCAGGCAAAUCAUUCUAGAUGUGGAGAGAAUCUGAAAUAUCUCAGCAAAGCAAGUAGAAGUGAGCGAUUGUGAAUGUGUAAUGGGAAUCCAAAAGCAGGUUUUGUUUCGUUAAGUUAUUCACUAGGGAACCAACAGUGGUUCUUUCAAAUCCUUUCUUUUUCUCCAAACCUGCUUUGCUGAAAGAUGCAGAAAAGGAAGCACGUGAAGACAUAAUGGGACACUUCAGAGUGGAUCAAAUGACCUCAGUCAAUGGUGGGUUCACGUUAGUUUACAAGGGGGAGCACUGAUUUUUAAAAUUCACUGAUUAAAAACAAACAUUCCAAAGUCUAUCUGGGAGAUACAGUUUACUUGUUAAUUAAAAAGUCUUGUUUUCUCAGACUCUUAAAUUAUGUCUUUUAUGUAAUAAGGAUGAUUUGUAUUUUCAGAGAAAAGUUGUCUUCUUUUUAAAUCACAGACCUUUUAAAAAGAAUGAGUACCUUUUCGUUUGAUACUUUUCCUGUUUCUAACCUUAGGAAAUCCAGAAUAGUAUUUGACAAAAAACAUUUUUUAAAUUUAUCUUUGACAUCUGUCCCACUCCAUUUUGCUUUGUGACCUCUUCAUUUAGCAAUAAAUUAUCUAAAAAACCCCCGAAAACUUA